CGGAUUACCAAAAUGUCAGUGCUGAACCUGAGCUCUCGAGAGAUCGAAGACGCAUACAAGGCCGUGCUCAAUGGGGAACCAUCCACUAAUUGGGUAAUUCUGUCUUAUUCUGGAGCCCUUGAUCUCAAAGUCCAAGCCACAGGAUCGGACGGUUUAGAAGGUCUGCAAGAGGAAUUCUCUGAUGGCAGGAUACAAUAUGCUUUUGCUCGAGUUGUCGAUCCAAACAACAAAUUGACCAAGUUCGUUCAAAUUAAUUGGCUUGGCGAGGGGGUACCGGUUUCCAAGAAGGGUUUAUUUCAUGCCCAUUCGACUCAAGUCGCCAACUUUCUGCGAGGCGCACACGUCGUGAUCAGUGCAAGAAACGAAGGGGAUGUGGGGCCAGAUAUUAUCAUGCAAAAGAUUCGGAAUGCAUCAGGGUCCAAAUACUCAGCCCAUGUGGAGAAGCCCCAGAAGUACGAGCCUCCUGCACCCGUUGGGACCGCGUAUACUCCAGUGGGGAGGCCCGAUAUUAAUUCUCUGAGGGCUAAUUCAAACGAUAGAAGUGCACCUGUGGGAGGUGCUGCCUAUGGUUCGGCGCAAGGGGAGCCAAAGAUCCCACUACGGCCGGCAAGUAGUAUCAAGACAGCGCCAUCAUCCUUCGUUGUUUGGGAUAAUGCGCCCCCACCCCCGCCCCCGGUCCCUGCCGUCGCCUUGCCAGCUUCUCCCAAAAUCACUGCUGGAAAACCUUCUGGCCAAGCUUCCACUUUUGUCCCGACCAACAUAAUUUCUCAACAUGCGCCUUCCACUGUUCCUCAGCGCGACAUAAUUACUCCUAAUCAACCGGCCUACCAACCGGUUAAGCUUGCUCCACCCAAGAAGCUUGUGAACCCGUUUGCCGCUCGGGAAAGCGAGGCGCACCAGCCUGCUUCGCAGCGGAAAGCCGCGCCUGGUAAGGGGCCAACAUGGUCGGAGCGGCAAGCUCUUGCUAAGGCCCAGAGGGAGGAAGAAGACUCAAGGAGUGCUGCGGCAAGUGUCAAAGCGGGCGUAGGCCGGAACGUUGCCAUCGGACUCGGUGCUAGAAUGAAUGCUGCCGCAACCGCGGCGAGUAUGGCUUCCGCCGACACAUCUCCACCAGAGUCGAAGGGAAUCCUCUACGGAACUUCUGAGACCGAUACCACUGCAACUGUUGCUCCGCCUCCGCCUUCACCUCCACCGCCGCCACCGCCGCCACCGCCGCCGCCACUGCCAACAGCUGUUGAGCCCGAGGGCUCUGACGUUGAAGAACUCACACUUCAGACCGAGCGCGUUGAGCUGGGGGAAGUGCAACCAACGGAGCAAUUCCGCGCUGUGGUGACGUACCCUUAUGAGGCCCAAGAAUCCAACGAAAUAAGCUUCGAAGAGGGAGAGACAAUCCACGAUGUUGAGGCACUAGAUGAAAAUUGGUGGCAGGGCACUAACUCAAAAGGCGAGACUGGGCUGUUCCCUGCCAGCUAUGUGGAAAUACAGGAGCCACAACUUUCAGAAGAACAAGCUAAUUUGCCUCUGCCACCACCACCACCACCACAAGGAG